UGGACACUCGGACGCCACCUAAAGAACCCGAAGAUUAAGACAUUUGAAGACGCUCCACUGACAUUCGGAAAUGGCAGCUUCUAACAAGGCUGUUAAGUAUCUCAACCAAGACUACGAAGCACUGAAGGCUCAGUGCCUGAGCAAGAAAGCGUUAUUCUCAGAUCCAACGUUUCCAGCUGCGCCCGAGUCUUUGGGCUUCAACUUGCUUGGCCCAAAUUCUGACGAGGCCAAAGGAGUGGUGUGGAAAAGGCCCAAGGAAAUCAUUCAAAACCCUAAGUUCAUUGUCGGCGGAGCUACAAAGGCUGACAUUAACCAAGGGGCUUUAGGUGAUUGCUGGCUGAUGGCAGCUAUCGCCUCUCUGACUCUGGACCCAGACAUUCUGGCACGAGUGAUUCAUCCUAAACAGAACUUUGAGGAAAACUAUGCUGGCAUCUUUCAUUUCCAGCUGUGGCAGUAUGGACAGUGGGUGGACGUUGUCAUUGAUGACUUACUGCCCACCAGAAAUGGAAAGCUGGUGUUUGUUCACUCACUUGACAAAAAUGAAUUCUGGAGCGCACUGCUGGAGAAGGCCUAUGCAAAGGUAAAUGGCAGUUAUGAGGCUCUGAAAGGAGGAAGUGCUACUGAAGGCUUUGAGGACUUCACUGGAGGCAUCGCAGAGCGCUACGAGCUCAACAAAGCUCCUUCCAACCUGUUUAAUAUCAUAAAGAAAGCACUGAGCCGGGGUUCAUUGCUGAGCACGUCCAUAUCUGCCAGCGCAAACGAAACAGAGGCUGUAACCAAGGAGCAGCUGGUCAAGACACAUGCUUACUCCAUCACAGCGGCCGUAGAGGUUCAUGUGGGUGGACGUCUGGUGCAGCUGGUGCGCCUCAGGAACCCCUGGGGACACAAAGAGUGGAACGGCGCUUGGAGCGACAAUUCCAAGGAGUGGGACCAUGUUCUGCCGCAGGAAAAGAACAAACUCAAUUAUUCGGCAGAUGACGGUGAGUUCUGGAUGGCAUAUUCAGACUUUGUGCAGCGGUACUCAAAGGUGGAGAUCUGUAACCUGACUCCAGACCUUCCAAGCAGUGAUCAUGUUGGUCAGUGGGCCCUUCAGCAGUUUGAGGGCAACUGGAAGAGUGGCUCAACUGCAGGUGGCUCCAUUAAAAACACAGCUACAUUCAGCUCCAACCCCCAGUUUGUGAUAAAUCUGGAUCACAAGAGCCAGGGUGGUACGCAUACCUGCUCUGUACUUGUGGGUCUGAUGCAGAAAGACAUGCGCAAAGAGAGAAAGCUCGGACAUGACUUCAACAACAUUUGCUUUGCUGUCUAUCCGCACAAAGGUGGCCACUUGAGCCGUGAGGUGCUGUCUUCUAUGAAAGCUGCCUUCACAUCCGAACACUCUGCAAAGCGUGAAGUGAGCCAGCGCUUCGCUCUGCCACCUGGACAGUACGUCAUCAUUCCUUCCACCUAUGAGCCGAACCAUGAGGGCAGCUUCUUGUUGAGGGUGUUCAGUGAGAAAUAG